AUGGGAGAUAUCCCCAUCAGCCCAUCACAUGAACGCAGCCAUAUUACACUACGACUGCGUCAGCAGCAGUCUCCGCGGCCUGAGACCGCGUGGUGGACUUCUUCCGAAAACCUCGGCCAAAAGGACGACAAGAAAAGGCAAGACCAGACCAUUACUAGCGAGGCGAUUCGGCAAGCCUGGCUCCAACGUCUGCGCCCCAGAGCGUCUCAUCAAUGUUCAUCGGUCGAGCCUAGUGAGAAGCGGAAACGCGAGUGUAAGGUCUAA